GUUAAGUAGCAGACCGUCUGGGAACUCUCCCCACUUGGAAGGAGACUCUCCGACGCGUCGGGAACCCACGCAGAUCGUGGACUCGGCAGCGGACCACACCAGGACUCGGUUUUUCUCAGGCUGGGAUCCGCAGAGGCUUUAACUCAUUUAUUCACUCACAGAUUUUCAGCGGUUCCAUCCGCAGCUUUUCCUUUGUACAGCUGAGGCAGAGGAGCUGAAGAUGAAGAGCAGGUUGUCUCUGGCUGCCUUGGCCCUCCUGGCCCUCCUGCUGCAGCUGUCCUCCUCCCAGGCCCAGGACUCAGUGGACGCUCCGUCUGAUUUAAGGUUUAAGAUUUUAAGUGAAAGUACGGUUCAAAUGAUGUGGAGGCGGCCGCAGAGCAGGAUACAGGGCUACAGGAUAGAAGUGACCUCAGAUACAGAAGAACCGACGAGACAAGUUUCUCUGCCUGCAUCUGCGACUAAGACCUCCAUCUCUGACCUGACUCCAGAUGUGAAUUAUGUGGUUACCAUAGUAGCGUACGCCGGAUCCGAGGAGAGUCUGCCCAUCUCUGGCCAGAUCACAUUGGAGUCGAGCGGUAGCUCCAGAGGAGGACCGAGGAAACCCACCACUUCAGAUCUAGUCAGGUGCCCCGCCACGGCGGUGGCUGAUCUGAUUUUCCUGGUUGACGGUUCCUGGAGCGUCGGCAGGACCAACUUCAAAUACAUCCGCAGCUUCAUUUCGGCCACCGCCGGAGCCUUUCAGAUCGGCAAGGACAGAACCCGGGUGGGCGUGGUCCAGUACGGGGACGCUCCUCGAACCGAGUUCAGCCUGAACCAACACCUGACCCGACCCGCUCUGCUCAAGGCUGUCGGUUCGCUGCUUUACAAGGGAGGCAACACCAGGACAGGCGAUGCUCUGAGCUACGUCCUGACGAACGGGUUCACUGAAGCGGCCGGGUCCAGGAGAGAUGUCCCCAAGGUGCUGGUGAUCAUCACGGACGGGCGAUCCGAUGAUCCGGUGGAGAGCUACACCAAGCAGCUCAGGAGCCGCGGCGUGGAGAUCUUCGUCCUUGGCGUCCAUCAGGCUGAUGAAGCAGAGAUGAAGGCUCUGGCCUCCACGCCGUUCCAACAUCACAUCUACAGGGCGGCCAACUUUGACACGAUCCAGGUCGUCCAGAACGACUUCAUCACUCAGAUCUGCUCGAGCGUAGAGGAUCAGCUCAGCUUACUGACCAGCGGAGAAGAAGUUGUGGAUCCAGCCUCUAACCUCCGAGUCCUCGAGGUGGCUUCCAAGUCCAUGAGGGUGACCUGGGAUGCCUCAGUUGGUGACAUUUCAGGCUACAGGGUUCAGAUGAUCCCAAUGAUGGCCGGCAGUAAGCAGCAGGACCUGUAUGUUGAUUCCUCCCAGACCUCGGUUGUGGUCAAAGACCUUUCUCCAGACACAGAGUACCAGGUCAAUGUUUUCAGCUUGAAGGACCUGUUGUCCAGCGAGGCCGUGGUGGUCAUGCAGAAAACGGAGCCACUUAAAGUUUCACUGGAGUGCUCUCUGGGUGUGGAUGUGCAGGCCGAUGUGGUGCUUUUGGUGGAUGGAUCCUACAGCAUUGGAAAGAAAAACUUUGCCAAAGUUAGAGCUUUCCUUGAAGUCCUGGUGAACACCUUUGACAUCGGACCAAACAAGGUUCAGAUUGCCUUGGUGCAGUACAGCAAGGACUCCUUUACAGAGUUCUACCUAAACACUCAUCAAAACGUCAACGGCGUGGUCAAAGCUGUUAGAUCUUUCCCAUAUCGAGGCGGCUCUACCAACACCGGCAGAGCCAUGACCUACGUAAGGGAAGAGAUCUUCCAGACCAACAGGGGCGCACGAGCCAACGUUCCCCGAGUCACCAUCCUCAUCACCGACGGAAAGUCGUCCGACGCUUUCAAAGAGCCGGCCACCAAGCUGAGGAAUGCUGACGUGGAGAUCUUUGCUGUGGGUGUUAAAGACGCCGUACGAAGUGAACUUGAAGCUAUCGCUAAUGAGCCUGCAGAGACUCAUGUGUACACGGUGGAGGACUUUGACGCUUUCCAAAGAAUUUCCAAGGAGCUGACACAGUCCAUUUGCCUGAGGAUCGAACAGGAACUCCGCAGCAUCUACCAGAGACAACUGAUCCAACCCAGAGACCUGACCUGCUCCGAUGUGGGAUCCAGAAGCUUCCGAGCCUCCUGGGAAAUAGACGCCAACAAUGUGGAGUUCUUCACGGUUCAGUUUAAGCCGGAAGACGAUGUCGACGGACACUACGUGUCCAUGACCGUUCCCGGGAACACCCUCACCACAAUCCUCCCCCGCCUCACCCCUGUGACCCGAUACGAAGUCAGGGUGUCUGCUCAGUAUGCCAAGGGGGAGAGUUUACCUCUGAUCGGCUACGAGACAACGCUAGAAGAGGCUGGCCCCCCGAAGAACCUGGUCACCAGCCUGGUAACGGACACCAGCUUCAGGGCCUCCUGGACGGCGGCGCCCGGGAUCGUACAGGCCUACAAAGUUCACUGGAAAUCUUUGUUUUCUGAGGAACACGGAGAGAAAACGGUGCCAGGAGAUGAAACAACCACCGUCCUGGACGGUCUGACUCCAGAGACGCCUUACCAGGUGUCUGUGAUCGCCGCCUAUCCUCACAAAGACAGUGACCCGCUCACCGGACGGGAAACCACCGAUGCUUCUUCAGCUGCUGCCGUGACGGUGUCCGAUGAGACGGAGCGAACCAUGAGAGCUUCAUGGACUCCAGCUCCAGGAGAUGUGGUCAACUACCGUCUAAAGUACGUUCCUACUGAUGGAGGCAAGGAGGUGGUCCUGAAGAUCCCAGGAAGGACCACCUCUACCAUCCUGAAGCGCCUGCAGCCUUUAACCUCCUACAGCAUCACUGUUCUGCCCAUCUACAAGCGCGGGGAAGGAAAACCAAGGCAAGGAGUAGGAACGACACUGUCUAUUUACAAGGCUCCAAGAAACCUGAAGACCUCAGAUCCAACCAAGACCAGUUUUAGAGUCUCCUGGGAUCAUGCCCCUGGGAAUGUUAGGGGCUAUAAAGUGACCUUUCACCCUACAGAGAAUGAUGUGGACCUGGAGGAGCUCCUAGUCGGUCCAUAUGAUAACACAGUGGUUCUGGAGGAGCUCAGGGCAGGAACAAAGUACUCUGUUGCUGUUUUUGGGAUGUUUGACGGAGGCAUCAGCUCUCCUCUUGCCGGGGAGGAGAAGACGACACUAACGGACGAACUUCCCGAACCUCCGCCUCCGGAUCUCUCUGACAUUCAGUGCAGGACCUCAGCCAAGGCCGACAUGGUGCUGCUGGUGGACGGCUCCUGGAGCAUCGGCCGCAUCAACUUCAAAACCAUCCGUAACUUCAUCGCCCGCAUGGUUGGCGUGUUUGACAUCGGCCCCGACAAGGUGCAGAUCGCUUUGGCUCAGUACAGCGGAGACCCGAGGACCGAGUGGCACCUGAACACCCACUCCACCAGAGACGCGCUGCUGAAUGCCGUCAACAACCUUCCAUAUAAGGGAGGAAACACCAUGACAGGAAUGGCUCUCAAAUACAUCCUACAGAACAACUUUCAGGCGUCUAAGGGGAUGCGACCCGACGCCAGGAAGAUCGGGGUCCUGAUCACGGACGGAAAGUCUCAGGACGAAAUCAUCCAGAACUCCCAGGUCCUGAGGGACAGCGGCAUCGAGCUCUACGCCGUCGGUGUGAAGAACGCCGACGAGAACGAGCUGAGGUCCAUCGCUUCAGACCCCGAUGAGAUUCACAUGUACAACGUGGGAGAUUUCAAGUUCCUGGUGGACAUCGUGGACGAACUCUCCAACAACCUGUGCAACAGCGUCAAAGGUGGUUCAGAGGCUGAGAUAGGCCCGCCCACCAACCUGGUGACAUCAGAAGUGACCCACUACUCCUUCAGAGCCACCUGGACCCCUCCGGGAAUUCCUGUGGACCUGUACCGGGUCACGUACAUGAUGGCGGCUGGAGGACCCACCCUAGAGGUACUGGUCGACGGGGAGGUCAACACCGUCGUACUGGAAAACCUGAACCCGCUGACGGAGUACGUGGUCAAUGUUUUUGCCGUGGUGGAUGAGGUCAGCACCGAGCCUCUGAGGGGAACCGAGACCACCUUGCCGCUGCCUGCUGCCACAAACCUGAACGUAUACGAUGAGACCUCCAGCACCAUGAGGGUGAGAUGGGAGGCGGCGGCUGGAGCUACGGGAUACCUGCUGCUGUACAGAUCCAUCAACGCCUCGGAGCCGCAGCUGAUGCAGGAGGAACGGGUUGCAGGAGACGUGACGAACACCCAGCUGGUGCAGCUCAUCCCCAACACCGAGUACAACAUCAGACUCUUCGCUUUACACGGAGAAUCAACCAGCGACGCCCUGGAGGGUCGAGGGGUCACCUUGCCGCUGCCCCCUGCUGGAGUGCUGAGGAUCAGAGAUGUGACCCACAGCACCAUGAUGCUCAACUGGGACGCUGCUCCUGGAGCGGUCCGCAAAUACAUCAUCACCUACAAGCCUGAGGAAGGAGAACUGAAGGAGGUCGAAGUUAACGGAGACAUCACCACCCUGCAGCUGAAGAGCCUGCUCUCGCAGACCGAGUAUGACGUGGCCGUCACUCCCAUCUACGAUGAAGGACCUGGAACCCCGAUGCUCGGAACCGCCAUCACAGACGUCGUUCCUGCUCCCAAGAACCUCCGGUUCUCCGAGACGACCCAGACCUCGUUCAGAGCCACCUGGGAACACGGCGCUCCAGAUGUGGCCCUCUACCGGAUCUCAUGGACCAAGCAGGGAGAGGGGAACUUUCUGAAUGAAAUUCUGAACAGCGAUGAGAACUCCUACGUUAUCGAGAACCUGGACCCGGACACGGAGUACUUAGUGACCAUCACGGCAAUCUAUCCAGACGAGUCCGAGAGCGAGGACCUGAUGGGAACCGAGCGGACGUUGCUGAAGGACUCAGAGGUAAAACCGGCGCCGCCUCGGAACCUCCGAGUGUUUAACGCCACCACCUCCACCCUAUCCGUCAAGUGGGACGCCGCUCCCGGCCCGGUGCAGAACUACAAGAUCACGUACAAGCCCAUCGCUGGAGGAGAGCCGCUCUCACUGCAGGUCGGAGGGAAGAAGACCAACAUCCUCCUGCAGCAGCUGCAGCCGGACACGCCGUACUCCGUCACCGUGGCCGCCGUCUAUCCCUCAGGCGUCAGCAGGGAUAUCUCUGGAGAGGGAAAAACCAAACCUCUGGGCGGCGUGAGGAACCUCCAGGUGCUGAACCCGACCAUGACUACCCUGAACGUGCGCUGGGAGCCGGCUGAGGGCAGAGUCACAGAGUACAAAGUGAUUUAUUCUCCGGCAGCUGGAGGAGCAGAGAUGAUGGUAGGACUGGAGACUGUGUCGGCAGGGACGACCACGACCAUCCUGCGAGGCCUGCAGCCCGACACUCUCUACACUGUGUCGCUGGUUCCAGUUUAUGCUGAUGGAGACGGAAGGAAGAUGUCUGAAAAUGGAAAAACAAGGCCUUUAGGGGGAGUGAAGAACCUGAGGGUGACCGACCCCACAAUGACGUCCCUGAGGGUUAACUGGGACCCGGCUGACGGCGCCGUUCGUCUCUACAAGGUCUUCUACGUACCUUCAGCCGGUGGACAAGAGGAGAUGGAGCAAGUUCCCGUUGGAACCACCUCCUUGGUUCUGAGGAACCUGCAGUCCGACACUCAGUACACCGUGUCCGUGGUGCCGGUGUACCCCGCCCGGGAGGGCAGACGGCAGUCAGAGAACGGGAAAACGCUGCCUCUGAGCGGAGUCAGCGGCAUGAGGGUGUCCAACCCCACCAUCACCACUCUGACCGUCAACUGGGACACUGCCGAAGGCAAUGUGCAGGGCUACAAAGUAAUCUAUAAGCCUGUAAACGGCGGCCUGGAGAUAGUGGAACAAGUGUCUGAGAGCACCACCUCCACCGUCCUGCAGAAACUGCUGCCAGACACCGAUUACACCGUCACUGUGGUUCCCGUGUACGCUGAGGGAGACGGGCCCAGCCUGACUGACACCGGCAAGACCAGACCUCUGGGAUACGUGAGGAACCUUCAGGUUACCGAUCCCACCACCACCACUUUGAACGUCCGCUGGGAGCCCCCCGAGGGAAAUGUACGUGAAUACAUCGUGAUCUGGGAGCCGACUGCUGGAGGAGAGCAGGAUGUGGACCAGGCCCCAGGAACCGCCACCAGCACCGUCCUGAGGAACCUGGAACCAGGCACAGAGUACACCGUUACCGUGGUUCCCGUUUACCCAGAGAUGGAGGGAAAAUCCAUGUCUGAAAAGGGGAAGACAAAUCCUUUGGGUGGAGUAAAGAACCUGAAAGUUAUCGAUCCCACCAUCAACACGCUGACAGUUCGCUGGGACCCAGCUGUGGGAAACGUCAGAAGCUACAAGGUCUUUUAUGCAGCCCAGCCAGGAGGAGAAGAGAAAGUGGAAGAGGUUUCAGGUGGAACCACGACCACCAUCCUGAGAAAUCUGGAAGCUGACACACUCUACAAAGUGGCUGUGGUUCCAGUCUACCCUGACAUAGAGGGAAUACGGCAGGAAGACAGCGGAAAGACAAAGGAUCUGGGUGGAGUGAGGAAUCUCCAGGUGACGGACCCCACCGUCAGCUCCCUCAGGGUCCGCUGGGAGCCGGCUGAGGGAGACGUCCGAAUCUACAAAAUCCUCUACGCCCCGGCGGCUGGAGGAGCCGAGAGCAUGACUCAGGUGUCCGGAAUGACCACCAACACGGUGCUGAGGGAGCUGACACCGGAUACGGAAUACCGCGUGUCGGUGAUCCCCGUCUACACGGAGGUGGAGGGAAAACGCAUGUCAGAGAACGGGAAAACCAAGGCUCUGGGCGGAGUGAAGAACCUGCAGGUCACCGAUCCCACCACCAGCUCCCUGAAGGUCCGCUGGGACGCAGCGGAGGGAAACGUCCGGCAGUACCGCCUCUUCUACGUCCCUGCGACCGGAGGAGCCGAGGACAUGGAGCAGGUGUCGGGGGGAACCACAAACACGGUCCUUAGGAACCUGCUGUCGGACACGCCGUACACCGUCACUGUGGUUCCGGUUUACCCUGAAGGAGAAGGUCUGCGACAGUCGGACAAGGGAAAGACCCUUCCACGGACGCCGCCCAGGAACAUCCAGGUGUACAACCCCAGCCCCAACAGCCUGAACGUGCGCUGGGAGGCCGCCACGGGUCUGGUGCAGCAGUACCGCGUGGCGUACGCCCCCCUGAGUGGAGUCAGACCCUCAGAGUCGGUCCUGGUUCCAGGAACCAUCACCAAUGCCUACCUGGACAACCUGAUCCCAGACACUCCCUACUCCGUCACCGUCACGGCCAUCUAUGCCGACGGCGAGGGAUCGGAGAUGAAGAGCGACGGCAAAACGCUACCCAGAGCGGGCCCCAGGAACCUGCGCGUGUACGACGCCACCACCAGCACCCUGACCAUCGGCUGGGACCACGCAGAAGGGCCCGUCAGGCAGUACCGCAUCGCCUACGCUCCCAUGACCGGAGACCCCAUCACAGAGUUUACGAUGGUUCCAGGGAACAGGAACAACGCCAUGCUGCAGAACCUGUUCCCAGACACGCCGUACAACAUCAGCGUGGAGGCCAUCUACGGCGAGGGGCCCGGAGGGUCCCUGAGCGGGAACGGGCGGACAAUCGGCCUGUUGAGUCCCAGAAACCUGCGGGUGUCAGACGAGUGGUACACCAGGUUCCGGGUGUCCUGGGAGCCGGUUUCUGCUCCGGUGGAAGGAUACAGACUCAUCUACUCCCCCCAAGGUAAAGACCAGCCUGUGGACUUCUUCGUGGGUGAUGUCACCUCCUUCACUCCAACCAACCUGCAGCCCGGAACCACCUACGAUGUGAAGGUCGUGGCUCAGUACGCCAGCGGCGCCAGCGCUCCGCUCGUGGGAGAGGGAACGACACUUUACCUGAACGUGACCAACAUCGAGACCUACAACGUCGGCCAUGACAGCUUCUGCAUCAAGUGGAGUCCUCACAGAGUGGCCACAUCAUACCGCAUCAAACUGAAGCCUGUGGACCCCUCCAGCAGAGGACAGCAGGAGAUGACCAUCCCCGCCGGCCUGCCUCAGUACUGCUUCGACGGGCUCUCCCCCGACGCCCUGUACACCGCCACAGUCUUCGUUCAGACUCCCAACCUGGAGGGUCCGGGAGUCAGCGCCAACGAGCGGACAUUGGUGAAGCCGACGCCAGUCCCUACACUCCCACCCACCCCGACACCUCCCCCCACCAUCCCCCCGGCGUGGGCAGUCUGUAAAGGAGCCAAAGCAGAUCUGGUGUUCGUCAUCGACGGCUCGUGGAGCAUCGGCGAGGAGAGCUUCACUAAAGUUGUUCAGUUUGUUUCCAGCAUCAUCGCCGCCUUCGACGUCGUCGGACCAUCAGGGAUGCAGGUGUCAUUCGUGCAGUACAGCGACGGCUCAAAGACGGAGUUCAAGCUCAACUCGUAUGACGACAAAGGCAUCGCCAUGGCAGCCGUGUACCUCAUCCGCUACAGAGGAGGAAACACUAAGACAGGGGAGGCUCUGAAACACACGUACGAGAAGGCCUUCUCCGUGGAGAACGGAAUGAGGAGGAACGUCCCCAAGGUGGUGGUGGCCAUCACUGACGGACAGUCGCAGGACGAGGUGAAGAAGAGCGCCGCCAAGCUGCAUCAUGCAGGCUACAGUGUUUUUGCCAUCGGCGUGGCCGACGUGGAUUUCGUCGAGCUGCAGGUGAUCGGCAGCAAGCCCAGCGACAGACACGUCUUUGUCGUGGACGACUUUGACGCCUUCGACACCAUCAAAGAAAAUCUGAUAACCUUCAUCUGUGAAACCUCAACGUCCACCUGUCCUUUAAUCUACGUCAAUGGCUUUACUUCCCCGGGAUUCAGGAUGCUGGAGGCCUUCAACCUGACAGAAAAGACCUACAGUUACAUCCCAGGAGUCUCCAUGGAGCCCGGGUCCUUCAACAGCUACACGGCAUAUAGGCUUCACAAGAACGCCUUCGUGAACCAGCCCACUACAGAGAUGCACCCAGACGGCCUUCCUCACACCUACACCAUCAUCCUGAUGUUCCGCCUGCUGCCCGACUCGCCCUCAGAGGCCUUCGACAUCUGGCAGGUGUCCACCAAAGACCACAAGCCGGAGACCGGCGUCACCGUGGACGGCUCCGCUCAGACCAUCUCCUUCUACAACAAAGAUGAAACCGGAGAGAUCCAGAGAGUCACGUUUGACGAAGGUCUGGUGAAGACCAUCUUCCACGGAAGCUUCCACAAGCUCCACAUCAUGGUUUCAUCCAACAGCGUCAAACUCAACGUCGACUGUCAGGAGGUCGCUGAGAAGAAGAUCAAGGCUGCUGGGAACACGUCCAGAGACGGAUACCAGGUCCUGGGAAAGAUGUCCAAGUCCAUCGGGUCUAAGGGCAAGUCUGCAACGUUCCAGCUCCAGAUGUUCGACCUCGUCUGCAGCUUGGCCUGGACCAGCCGGGACAGAUGCUGCGACCUGCCGUCCAAGAGAGACGAGCUGAAGUGCCCCGCCCUUCCCAAUGCCUGCACCUGCAUCUCAGAGGCCAACGGGCAGCCAGGCCCCCAGGGGCCCGUGGGCGCUCCUGGCAGCAAAGGUCCACGAGGGGAAAGAGGAGAGCCCGGUUCUUCUGGGCCUGCAGGGCCACAGGGAAGCAUUGGACCACCGGGGCCCAUGGGUCUGCCUGGACCUCAGGGACCCAGCGGGAUGUCCAUCCCAGGAGAGGCUGGUCGUCCCGGACCGAAGGGAGACGCUGGUGACUCCGGCCUGCCAGGACAAAAAGGUUCCGGAGGUGCUCCCGGUCCUGCUGGACCCGUGGGACCCACUGGAGUGAGGGGACCUUCAGGAAAGGAAGGACCAGCUGGACCCCGAGGACCACCAGGACCCAUGGGACCUCCAGGAUCUCCAGGAAUGCCAGGACCUUCAGGAAAAUCUGGAAACCCAGGAGACCUUGGACCUCCUGGAGCCGCCGGUCUGAAAGGAGACAAAGGAGAGAGGGGCGACUUUGCUCCUCAGAACAUGAUGCGAUCCAUCGCCAGACAAGUCUGCUCGCAGCUCGUUAGUGAUCAAAUGAGCCGGGUCAACACGAUGCUGAACCAGAUCCCUAACGGGAACUACCGAGGCAGCAACAACCCGGGCCCCCCAGGGCCUCCCGGACCUCCCGGCAGUCAGGGACCACGUGGAGAACCGGGCCCCGGAGGAAGGAAUGGAUUCCCAGGAAAUCCAGGUUUACCUGGCCAGCAGGGAGAAAGAGGUCCUGCAGGAGAAAAAGGAGACAGAGGCGUUCCGGGAGUCGGACAGAAAGGACCCAGAGGGCCUCCAGGUCCUCCAGGAGAGAGCAGGACCGGAUCCCCAGGCUCCACAGGCUCCCCUGGACCCCGCGGCCCCCCCGGCCGUCCAGGCUACGCCGGAGUCCGUGGUCCUCCGGGACCUCCUGGAUACUGCGAUUCCUCUCAGUGUGUCGGUAUUCCUUACAACGGUCAGGGAUACGUAGGAACCCGGGUCGCCUCCGCCCCCCAGGAGAACCAGCUGCUGCAGAACCAGCGCCGGAAGAGGUCGCUGCCCAGAAAGUCGUCUGACAGGCUGACAUCAUAAGAGCGUCUGUGUUUUGUUCCCGGAGGGGUUUGAAACCUUGAAAAUGCCUGAAAGUGUUUGUGAAUAUUAACUGUGCGUGGCGGGUGACGGGACUGGAAGAACCGGGUGUUCAGCCCAAUUUUUAAUAACAUGGAAGAAAAUGUACUGAGGACCAAUUUAAAAAAAAAAACAACCUGUGAGCUUCUCGUUUUCCUGCCUGUAACAUAUUUGCAUUAGGUUUGUGUUAAAGGAGCAGCAGAGAAACAAGGUUCAUUAUAACAGCUUUCCUGCGUAUCUUAGUAUUUAUCAGUUUGCCUUUUUUCUGUCACAGUUCAUGUUAGCAGCAGUGGAAUCACAUGUGGUUCCUGUUCUUCUUACAUGUCAUUGGGUUUAAUCAGAACAUCUGAGACGCAGCAUCACUUUUCAUAAAUUCCACAGCCGUAUUUCUUAUUUAUUUCUGAAAACAGAAGAGGCAUUUUUCAAUAAAACUACUGAAAAUCUCA